AUGGUGCCUGGCGGCAGUAAUGUUCAAAUUAAUACCACCACUCGGACUUCGACUACAACCGAUUCUGCCAGUGAAGUUCCAGACACAUCUAGUAGCACCUUAGACAGCAUAUCAAAAGGCACGGGCCCCAUCACAGACGUUGCAUCUAUCGCUACAUCUGAGAACUACGCUCCGCCGACACCAGUGCCUUUGGUGCUCGUCGGCGGGCUACUUUCCGAUUCCUCUAAGAAGACCAAAAUUCGACAUUGA